AUGACUUGUGCAAACUUGGUUCAAAGUCGGUGUCAAGCAUUUGAUAAAUCAAAUCUCAUUGUAUAUAAUGGGAUCAUGGCAGAGAAGAGAACCAGCGAAGGAGGAGAAGUUGUUAUCAACGUUCCAGAUAAAGAUUCAGAUACGUUAAGCAGUCCCUCUCCUGAAAUUCCAAGUCCUAACAAUGAAGGUCUAGUUCGGAGAAAAUCUUUUUCAAGGUCAGUUUACUCCAAGUCCAAUUCAAGGUUUGGGAGACAACAGUCUUAUCGAUUCGAUAAGACCAUAGAAGAGGAAAAUGAUGAAAACCCCAGGGACGUGCGCUCAGUAGAUCUGAGUGAUGUUGUUGAGGAGGAGGAAGAGGAUGAAAAUGAGGAAAUCUACAAGAAGGUUAAGCAAAACCGAGUGAAGCGUAGUAGAACGAAACCUAUGGCUCUGCUUCAGUUAGCAGUGUUUGUAGCCAUUUUGUGCACUUUGGUUGUGAGUUUAGCCGUUGAGAAGGUGAAGAAGCAUCGCAUUUGGGGUUUGGAACUCUGGAAAUGGUGCGUACUCGUGAUGGUGACGCUUAGCGGAAUGUUCUUGACGAACUGGUUCAUGCAUUUAGCUGUGUUCAUCAUAGAGAGAAACUAUCUCCUACGGAAGAAAGUGUUGUACUUUGUGCAUGGUUUGAAGAAGAACGUUCAAGUCUUCAUUUGGUUCACGCUGAUUCUUGUUUCUUGGGUGUUUCUGUUCGAAGAAGACCAUAAACACUCUCGCAAGACCAAGAAGUUUCUCGACUUUAUAACUUGGACUAUUGUCUCCCUCCUCAUCGGAUCAAUUCUUUUCAUGGUGAAGACGUUGGCCUUGAAAGUUCUUGCUUCAAAGUUCACCGUCAGAAACUUCUUUGAGAGGAUUCAAGAAUCUGUCUUCCACCAAUACGUUCUCAAGAGCCUCUCGGGUCCUCCGCUUAUUGAAGAGGCAGAGCGUGUCGGGAGAAAGCCAAGCACGGGACAGCUUAGCUUCACGAGCACCGAGGAUGGAUCGGUGAGAGGGAAGAAAGUGUUGGACAUGGGAAAGGUUCACAGGAUGAAACAAGAGAAGGUCUCUGCUUUGACGAUGAGAGUUUUGAUUGAAGCCGUUGGAUCUUCAGGUCUCUCAACCAUAUCAAACACUAUAGAUGAGUGUCGCAAUGAGAAAGGGAAAUUUGAUAAAGAGAUAACUAAUGAGAUGGAGGCUGUGGCUGCUGCUUAUGAUAUCUUCAACAAUGUUGCUCAACCAAACCACAAUUACAUAGAGGAAAAUGACCUGUUGAGGUUCAUGAUCAAGGAAGAAGUAGAUCUUGUACUCCCAUUGAUAGAAGGCGCAGAGACCGGAAAAAUCACACGCAAAGCUUUUACAGAUUGGGUGAUUAAAGUUUACACAAGUCGAAAAGCUCUAGGACAUUCAUUGAACGAUACAAAAACAGCGGUUAAGCAGGUGGACAAACUCAUAAUUGGAGUCUUGACCGUUGCCACGUUCAUCAUUUGGUUAAUACUUCUUGAUAUAGCAUCGACCAAGUUUUUGGUGGCCUUCUCCACUCAAUUCGUGGGUCUUGCUUUCAUGAUAGGAAGCACUUGCAAGAACAUCUUUGAAUCCUUUGUGUUUGUGUUUGUCAUGCACCCUUAUGAUGUUGGUGACCGUUGCGUUGUCGAAGGUGUAAUGUUGCUGGUUGAAGAAAUACAUCUUUUAACAACCGUGUUCCUCAAGAUUGACAACGAGAAAGUGUUCUAUCCAAAUGCUGUUUUAAUAUCGAAACCAAUAAGCAAUUUCUACAGAAGCCCAGAUAUGGGAGAUUUUAUAGAACUCUCCAUCGCAUUCUCAACACCAGCCGCGAAAAUCGCCAGUCUCAAAGAAAGAGUCAAAGAAUUCUUGGUUCAGAACCCACAACAUUGGUAUCCAGAACCAUUGUUGAUGGUGAAGGCGAUUGAGAAUGUGAACAAACUGAAAAUGAAUCUGCUUGUGCAGCACACCAUCAACUUCCAAAACUUCGCAGAGAAGAAUGUCAGGAGAACUCAUCUUUUCAUCGCGCUCAAGCGAAUACUCGAGGAGCUUGAGAUCGACUACACUCUCCUUCCUCAAGAUGUUCAACUCACCGGUCACAAACAAAAACAAAAGAAAAACCCUAGUAGUAACAAAAAGAAAAAGUUGCCUUGUAUCACAAUUAAAAACACCAAGACGCCUUCCCCUAAGAGAGAGCUUUGUAUCUCUUCUUAUUCUUCUGAGAGAGAGCUUCCACCUAUAAAGAGAGAGCUAAAAUCUUCCACUUUCCGAGAGAGAGUACCUCGGAAAGAACAGCCACAGGACAUUGAUCGUGGAUCCGGUUGGUUACACAAAUUCCCAACUUCAAUUCUGAAUCCAUCCACUGUAGAUCCACUACGUUGCUUUUGGCGUUGUUCUGUGUUGUUUAAGAUAUCAGCAGGAGUAACCAAAUAA